CCCACAGCAGACGUCAAGCGUCCAAGAUGUCCUUCUCCGCAGCACGAAUCCCUCACGUCAAGCCCGGCCGGGGCAGCUUCGCAAAGGAGCGGCGCUUCUCGACGAGUAAGGAUCCGAGUGAGAGCGAACUCAACUCGAAGAUCCAUCGCCAAUUCCGUUCCUCCCACGAAGGCCACAGGCCCCACGCUGGUCUCGACCCAACCCGCGCCUCCACCGGCGUUGUCUGGACAUCCGAGCGCGCCUACGAGCACGGCUUCGCCGAGAACCCAGAGGCAUGGGCGAACCUGGGCCAAGGUGCCCCGGAAGUUGACGACGACAUCCAGGGCUGCUUCGAACGCCCUCACACUAUUGAUAUUUCUAUGACUGGGCGUGAGUAUGGCCCAACGGCGGGGAUUAGACCGCUGAGAGAAGCGGUCGCGAAUAUGUACAAUCAGCAUCAUCGCAAGUGGCGGAAGAGCCAGUAUACGUGGGAGAAUGUGUGCAUUGUGCCUGGUGGACGGGCGGGGUUGAUUAGGAUUGCGGCGGUUUUGGGCAAUGCAUAUUUGGGGUUCUUUAUUCCGGAUUAUACGGCGUAUAAUGAGAUGUUGUCGCUGUUCAAGAACAUCGCCCCUAUUCCCAUCCCGCUAUCUAGGGAGGACGGUUACCAUCUGCAUCCCGACAAGAUCGCGGAGGAGAUCGCCAGAGGUACUUCGGUCAUCUUGACCUCGAAUCCAAGGAACCCGACUGGCCAGAUAAUUACGAAUCCGGAGUUGGCUCAGAUUCAGAACAUCUGCCGUGACCGCGCGACGCUGAUCAUGGACGAGUUCUACUGUGGUUACAACUACACCACCGACUGCGACGGCACCGUCAUCUCCUCUGCCGACAACAUCGAAGACGUCGAUGAGGAUGACGUCCUCAUCAUCGAUGGGCUAACCAAGCGCUUCCGCCUCCCCGGCUGGCGUGUUGCGUGGAUUCUAGGCCCCAAGGAGUUCAUCAAAGCCAUCGGCUCGUGCGGUUCUUACCUGGACGGCGGCACCAACGUGCCCUUCCAAGAAGCCGCUGUGCAGAUGCUCGAGCCCAACCGUGUGCGACACGAGAUGCGCGCGCUGCAGACGCACUUCCGCAUGAAGCGCGAUUAUGUGAUUCAACGCCUCGAGGUGAUGGGCUUCAAGCUACCGUUCUUGCCGAAUAGCACGUUCUAUCUGUGGCUGGAUUUGAGCUGUUUGCCUGAGGCGAUUAACGACGGAUUGAACUUCUUUUCGGCGUGUUUGGAGGAGAAGGUCAUUGUGGUGCCGGGUAUCUUUUUCGAUCUGAACCCGAGUAAGAGGCGGGAUUUGUUUGAUAGUCCUUGCCAUCACUUCGUCCGCGUUUCAUACGGCCCGACCAUGGAUGUCCUCGAAAAAGGAAUGGACGCCAUUGAGCGUAUUGUCAAAAAGUGAGUCCCGCCCCUACCCCACUUUUGCCUAAAUGGCCAGUAUACCAACACACCUCUGUCUUGGAGGUUCGGGUUCAAGACGGAUAAGAGAGAGACGAAUAUUGAGGUUGAGGAGGCCGACUGAUUGAAAGGAGAGUUGUGGCGAGUGGUGGCUGACCUGUUCCCUCCAAGACACCAGACAAAUCCGCAUGCGACGAA